AUGCCUGCAGAUAUGAUGGAAAAAAACUCAUCCUCUCCGGUCGCUGCAACCCCGGCAAGCAUGAACACAACUCCCGACAAACCCAAGACAGCCUCGGAGCACAGAAAGUCCUCAAAGCCAAUCAUGGAAAAGAGAAGAAGAGCCAGGAUCAACGAGAGCUUGGGUCAACUGAAAACACUCAUCCUAGAUGCUCUCAAAAAAGAUAGCUCCAGACACUCCAAGCUGGAGAAGGCGGACAUCCUGGAGAUGACGGUGAAGCAUCUCCGGAACCUCCAGAGAGCUCAGAUGACCGCUGCUCUGAACACAGACCCUUCUGUUUUGGGGAAAUAUCGCGCCGGAUUCAGUGAAUGCAUGAAUGAAGUCACCCGCUUUCUGUCCACGUGCGAGGGGGUCAACACCGAAGUGAGGACGCGGCUCCUCGGCCACCUGGCCAACUGCAUGACCCAGAUCAACGCCAUGAACUACCCCAGCCAGCAUCAGCACCAGCAUCCGCUCCCAUCCACCGCGGGGCCAACGCACCCGUCCUUCAGCCAGCCCAUGGUGCAGAUCCCCAGCUCGUCCCCGCAGAUCCUGCCCAUGAACCCGGCGUCCUGUAAAGGCGGCUCCUCGCCGGCCGCACUGCCUUCGGACGCCACCAAAGUCUACGGGGGCUUCCAGAUCGUGCCAGCCACAGAUGGACAGUUUGCGUUCCUCAUUCCCAACGCGGCGUUUGCGCCGAACGGCCCCGUUAUCCCCGUGUACGCCAACAACGUCAGCACGCCGGUGUCUGUCCCGGCUGCCGUUUCCCCGGGAGCCCCGUCAGGAACCACUGAUUCAGUGUGGAGACCGUGGUGA